GGGUGUUAUAUGAAUAGCAGAUUCAUAUUUUGUUCGGCAUUCUGCCCUUAUCAAGCUCGCCGUCGGACGCCGUCUACCUUUUUGGGCCCUGCGUGGUUAUUCUCCUGCAAACCCUGGAGCCCGAUCUUCUGCCAAAAUCCGGAGUGUUAUCAUUGUUAAUUAAUUGAAAGACCAUAAAUCGCAGUGGCUUGGAGGAGUUGCCUGAAUCAAUUGGCUUGCUAAAGCAUCUGGAACAAAAAUUAAAAGGACAAUGUUCAAGAACACAUUCCAGUCUGGGUUUCUUUCCAUCUUAUACAGCCUUGGGAGUAAACCUCUGCAGAUCUGGGAUAAAGAAGUUGUCAAUGGCCACAUAAAACGACCACAAGAUGAAGACAUACAGUCCAAUGUACUUGAAAUAAUUGGAUCCAAUAUCCAAUCCACGUACAUCACAUGUCCUGCAGAUCCAGCUGCAACACUUGGUAUAAAACUUCCGUUCUUGGUUGUGAUUGUGAAGAAUCUAAAGAAGUAUUUUACAUUCGAGAUUCAAGUUCUGGACGAUAAGAAUGUGAGACGACGAUUUCGGGCUUCAAAUUUCCAAGCUGUGACUCGAGUAAAGCCGUACAUUUGCACCAUGCCACUGAAAAUGGAUGACGGGUGGAAUCAAAUCCAGUUGAAUCUUGUUGAUUUGACCAAGAGAGCUUAUGGCACUAACUACAUGGAGACUCUGCGAGUUCAGGUCCACGCGAACUGCCGCCUAAGAAGGAUAUAUUUCUCUGACCGUCUCUACUCUGAAGAGGAACUCCCACCCGAAUUCAAAUUGUACCUUCCAAUGCAGAAAGCAGCAUGAAAAUGUCAUGGAAGGAUGGAUUUUAGAGCCAUGAAAGGUGUGGAUGUUAUUCUGGAGCUGUUUUAGGUACCCUUCUUGUAAAAGUACUUAUUUCUUCGAUAACUUUUAUCAGUCUAUCGUGUAAAUUAACGAGAACUUCUACAUAUGUCCUGUUUCAUUUGAUUAGUUUGAGAAGGUACUUUUCUGUUGGAUCAAGAUUCAAGCAGUAAUGUUUGUUGUUCGUGUUUGUAGUACUUAGUGCAUUCAUGCUUUUAUAUGAUGAAAGGUUGAUGUGUA